GGGACGGCCCCGCCCGUGGCUGCCCGCCGCGCGCCUGCGCGGCCGGAGGACCCGCACUUCCGGCCGCCGCGAUGGCCGCCUCGUCCCGCGCGCAGGUGCUGGCGCUGUACCGGGCGCUGCUGCGCGAGGGCCGCCGCUUCGGCGCCUACAGCUACCGAACCUACGCCCUCAGGAGGAUCCGAGACGCCUUCCGGGAGCACAAGAGCGUCCGGGACCCCAGGGAGAUUCAGAGCCUGGUGGACAGGGCCCGGCGGGACCUGGGGGUCAUCCAGCGCCAGGUGCAGGUUGGACGGCUGUACAUGGCGGACAGACUCAUCAUCGAGGGCCAGGACAAGACCCAGGCCUAGGGGCUGGCCCCCCACCACAGGCUGCAGCCCACCCCACCUGCCUGUGCCCGCCGGCUGGAUCCACGGCACAACCAGCGCCAACCCCACGGCCCCCGACCAGCCCUGAGCUUGGUGCGUCCCACUGUGU